AUGGCAGAGAGAAACCAGGCUGGUAGCACCCCUGCCAGCGUCGCUGCAGACGAGCCUACAUUAACGUCCUCCUCUCCUCUGACGACCCUGGCUGAGAGUGCACAUUCCCAAGAUUCGCCCGACCUCCCACCGCACCUACGAGCGUCCGUUACCAAAGUUCCUGUCACCCCAGGGAUCCAAGCCUCAACAUAUUCGUCGAGACCGGGUUCCGAGUCUGAGAAAGCUGCCAGCCCGAGCUACUUUACACGGAAGCCUGGCUCCCACGAAAACCCGGUGUCGGAUGGUCUUCCGUCGCAGUCCCCGUCCGAGAUGUCAUCGCCUACAAAUCUGGUCAAGGGUGCCACGUCGCACCACGAGGUGCUACGUAGAAUGAGCAUAUCAACUAAGGGAAGGAGAGAGUCCAUCGAGGAUAUCAGGGCGGCUGCCCCGGAUCUGGCUCUGAGCGGUAACAUUAUCUCGGUUACAUCUACAACUCCGCACUCCCUCAAAUAUCAUAAGAGCGGCAAUUGGGAACUGGGCUAUCGACGUGGCCAAUCUGCUCUUUUCGACUCCUUUUCCUACCUCUCCUCCGACGAUACACCCUGGAACCAUUCUGUUGUCGCGUGGACCGGCGAAAUAGAGUCAUCCACGCAAUCUGUUUCCGCUUCGAACGUUCUCUCCGAUACGACCUCCAAAAUUCCAGCCUUGAGCCACCUAUCUGCACCAAUACCAUUGGAUGGCGAGGCGCCACCAACACCACCGGAAGUUGAUGGUUUGUGGAUUCCGAGGGAGCACCAAUUGCGCCUGGAGAAUCUGCUAGCUCAUAAUAAGCGCAUCAAGACCAUUCCCGUAUGGCUGACGGACGAUAACGAGGCCGGAGAUGAGGGUAUUACGCUGAACGAUCAGGCGCGAUGGAAGCGGUAUGCCGAACACACGAUAUAUCCCCUGUUCCAUUACAAGCAACAUGAGCCUAACGACGGUCGGGCGGAGCGUGUGGAAUGGGCCGACUAUUUCCGGGCCAACUUGAAAUUUGCCAACAAGAUCAUCGAGGUCUACAAGCCGGGCGAUAUCGUGGUCAUACAUGAUUACUAUCUCUUGCUGCUCCCCACCAUGCUGCGGCAGAGAAUGCCUAACAUGUACAUCUCCUUCUUCCUGCACUGCCCGUUCCCCAGUAGCGAGUUCCUGAGGUGCCUACCCCGGCGAAAGGAGGUUCUCGAGGGCAUGCUCGGUGCGAACCUAGUUGGCUUCCAGUCGUACAGCUACUCGCGCCACUUUGCGAGCUGCUGUACCCGCAUCCUGGAUUUCCCCUCGGAUUCCCUCGGCGUUGACGCGUACGGGUCCAGGGUAGAGGUCGGUGUCUUCCCCAUCGGCAUUGAUGUUGCCAAGGUCGAGCAUAUAGCAUGGACAAAGGAGGUCUCGGAGAUGUACGACGCUCUAAAGCUUCUAUACAAGGACAAGCAGAUCAUCGUGGGACGCGAUCGACUAGAUAGCGUCCGCGGUGUCGCCCAGAAGCUCAUGGCGUUCGAGAGGUUUUUGGAACUGUACCCUGAUUGGCGGGAGAAGGUCGUCUUGAUCCAGGUCACCUCGCCGGGCUCCAUCGAGGAAGAAGGCGAGGAAGUGGAGAACAAGGUAGCCAGUAGGGUCAACGAGCUCGUGAUGAGGAUCAAUGGCACGUACGGCAGCCUAGGCUUUUCGCCGGUGCAGCACUACCCUCAGUAUCUAUCGCCGGAGGAGUACUUCGCGCUCUUGAGGGCCGCAGACAUCGGCCUGAUCACCUCGGUGCGAGACGGCAUGAAUACGACCAGUCUCGAAUACGUCGUCUGCCAGCGUGAUACACACGGCCCGCUAAUCCUGUCGGAGUUCAGCGGUACAGCCGGCAGCCUGAGGGAUGCCAUUCACAUCAAUCCUUGGGAUCUCACAGACGUCGCACACCAAAUCCACAACGCACUCACCAUGUCGAGCGAAAGGCGCUCAGCGAUGCACAAUGGUCUCUACCGGCAUGUUACCACGCAGAAUGUACAGAGCUGGAUCGCGAAAUUUCUCCGCAAGCUCGUCAGCACGCUAGCGUCGACCAAGAACAACAAUGUCACGCCCUUGCUAGACCGAACUCUCAUGCUGAAGCACUACCGCGAGGCUACGAAGCGCCUCUUGAUGUUCGAUUACGACGGUACGCUUACCCCGAUCGUGAGAGACCCUCAGGCGGCUAUUCCGUCCGAGCGCGUCAUCCACACGCUGAAGGCGUUAGCGGCCGACCACCGGAAUGCGGUAUGGAUCAUAUCGGGCAGAGAUCAAGAUUUCCUCCAGCACCACCUCGGCCACAUCUCCGAGUUGGGAUUCAGUGCCGAGCAUGGAAGCUUUAUCAGACAUCCAGGCCAAAGCAAUUGGGAGAACCUGGCGGAGAAGCUGGACAUGAGCUGGCAGGCGGACGUGAUGAACCUGUUCCAAAAAUACACUGAUCGGGUACCUGGUUCGUUCAUCGAGCGGAAGCGCUGCGCGCUUACUUGGCACUACCGGCAGGCCGAUCCCGAACAGGGCAUACACUCAUCACAAGGACUGCAUAAGGAACUGGAAGCGACGGUGGCGAAGAAGUGGGAUGUGGACGUGAUGAAGGGCAAGGCCAAUCUCGAGGUCCGGCCGACCUUCAUUAACAAAGGAGAGAUCGCCAAACGGCUGGCUAACGAUUACAAUUCCGACAUUGCGCAACUAGCCGGGUCCGGCCAGCCUGGUUCACCAAAUGGACUAGUCGAGGAAGGAAAGCUGGAAUUCGUCCUGUGCAUGGGCGACGACUUUACCGACGAGGACAUGUUCCGAGCCUUGAACGGGCUCAGCGGCACGCAGAUCGAGGCCGACCGCGUCUUUACGGUCACGAUCGGGGCCAGCACGAAGGUGACGCUAGCCAAAUGGCACAUGCUGGAGCCAGGGGACGUGAUAGAAGCUGUGGCGCUCCUCGCCGGAGCGGGGUCGAGCGGCGAGGUGGGCGAGCAGCUGAGCCAGGUCAAUCUGGCCACCGUUGCCGGACUCGAAGGCCACGUGCCGCAAUGA